CUCCGGCACGCAACCGACAUGGGCAACGCGGGGAGCAUGGACUCGCAGCAGACCGAUUUCAGGGCGCACAACGUGCCAUUGAAGCUGCCGAUGCCCGAGCCAGGUGAACUGGAGGAGCGCUUUGCCAUCGUGCUGAAUGCUAUGAACCUACCUCCUGACAAAGCCAGGCUACUGCGGCAGUAUGACAAUGAGAAAAAAUGGGAGCUGAUCUGUGACCAGGAACGAUUCCAGGUGAAGAACCCUCCCCAUACAUACAUACAGAAGCUCAAAGGCUACCUGGAUCCAGCCGUAACCAGGAAGAAAUUCAGAAGGCGUGUUCAAGAAUCUACGCAAGUGCUAAGAGAACUGGAAAUUUCAUUAAGAACCAACCACAUUGGGUGGGUCAGAGAGUUUUUGAAUGAGGAAAACAAAGGCCUUGAUGUUCUUGUGGAGUAUCUGUCCUUCGCACAGUAUGCAGUCACUUUUGACUUUGAAAGUGUGGAAAGUACCGUGGAGAGUACGGUGGACAAAUCAAAGCCCUGGAGCAGGUCCAUCGAGGACCUGCACAGAGGGAACAACCUGCCCUCCCCUGUGGGCAACAGUGUGUCCCGCUCUGGAAGACAUUCUGCACUUCGAUAUAAUACCUUGCCAAGCAGAAGAACCUUGAAAAAUUCAAGAUUAGUGAGUAAGAAAGAUGAUGUUCAUGUUUGUAUCAUGUGUUUACGGGCCAUCAUGAAUUACCAGUAUGGUUUCAACAUGGUCAUGUCUCAUCCACACGCCGUCAAUGAGAUUGCACUAAGUCUGAACAACAAGAAUCCCAGAACAAAAGCUCUUGUCUUGGAGCUGUUGGCAGCUGUUUGUCUUGUCAGAGGCGGGCAUGAAAUAAUUUUAUCAGCUUUUGAUAACUUCAAGGAGGUCUGCGGAGAAAAGCAGCGUUUUGAGAAGCUGAUGGAACAUUUCAGGAAUGAAGAUAAUAACAUAGAUUUUAUGGUGGCCUCUAUGCAGUUUAUUAAUAUUGUAGUCCAUUCGGUAGAAGACAUGAACUUCAGAGUUCAUCUCCAAUAUGAAUUUACCAAAUUAGGCCUGGAUGAAUACUUGGAUAAGCUGAAACACACAGAAAGUGACAAGCUGCAAGUACAGAUCCAGGCUUACCUGGACAACGUGUUCGACGUGGGAGCUCUGUUGGAAGAUGCUGAAACCAAGAAUGCUGCCUUGGAGCGGGUGGAGGAACUGGAAGAAAACAUCUCUCAUUUGUCUGAAAAGCUGCAGGACACGGAGAAUGAAGCCAUGUCCAAGAUUGUGGAACUGGAAAAGCAACUCAUGCAGAGGAAUAAGGAACUGGAUGUCGUCCGGGAAAUCUACAAAGACGCAAACACCCAAGUUCACACAUUAAGAAAAAUGGUCAAAGAAAAGGAAGAAGCCAUUCAAAGACAGUCUACCCUGGAAAAAAAGAUUCACGAACUGGAGAAACAAGGGACCAUCAAAAUUCAGAAGAAAGGGGACGGGGACAUUGCCAUACUGCCGGUUGUGGCCUCUGGCACGUUACCCAUGGGGUCAGACCUAGCAGGGGGUAACUAUGUGGGACCAGUUCCAGGGGCCGCCUCCUCAGGACCCUCAGUCCCUCCUCCCCCACCACUACCUCCGUCAUCAGACACACCUGAAGCAGCUCAAAAUGGACCAGCAUCACCACCUAUGUCCCCACCUCCUCCCCCACCCCCUCCACCCCCUCCCCCACCCCCUCCGCCCCCUCCACUCCCAGGUCCUGCAGCUGAGACUGUGCCAGCUCCUCCUCUGCCACCACCCCCACCUCCCUCUGCACCCCCGUUGCCUGGGACUUCUUCACCUACAGUAGUUUUCAACUCAGGAUUAGCAGAUGGGCCAAUCAAGCUUUUCUCUGUGAAAAUUAAGAAGCCAAUCAAGACGAAGUUCCGAAUGCCAGUGUUCAACUGGGUUGCCCUGAAGCCCAAUCAGAUCAACGGCACUGUCUUCAAUGAGAUCGAUGAUGAGCGGAUCCUGGAGGAUUUAAAUGUGGACGAAUUCGAGGAAAUAUUCAAAACAAAAGCACAAGGUCCUGCCAUUGAUCUUUCUUCAAGCAAGCAGAAAAUAACACAGAAGGGAUCAAGUAAAGUGACAUUAUUAGAAGCAAAUCGAGCCAAAAACCUUGCCAUAACCUUACGGAAAGCGGGAAAGUCCGCUGAUGAGAUAUGUAAAGCUAUUCAUGUGUUUGAUUUGAAGACACUGCCAGUUGACUUUGUUGAAUGUUUGAUGAGGUUCUUGCCAACUGAGAAUGAGGUCAAAGUGCUUCGACUCUACGAGCGAGAGAGGAAGCCCUUGGAGAACUUGUCAGAUGAGGACCGCUUCAUGAUGCAGUUCAGUAAGAUUGAGCGGCUCAUGCAGAAGAUGACCAUCAUGGCCUUCAUUGGGAACUUCACAGAGAGCAUUCAGAUGCUGACUCCUCAACUGCACGCAAUCAUAGCAGCAUCUGUCUCUAUCAAGUCAUCUCAAAAGCUCAAGAAAAUUCUGGAGAUCAUCUUGGCCCUUGGAAACUAUAUGAAUAGCAGCAAACGAGGAGCAGUCUAUGGAUUCAAACUUCAGAGUUUAGAUCUGCUCUUAGAUACGAAGUCGACAGACCGAAAGCAAACGCUGCUGCACUAUAUAUCAAAUGUGGUGAAGGAGAAAUAUCAACAAGUUACCCUGUUUUACAACGAGCUUCAUUAUGUGGAAAAAGCUGCAGCAGUCUCCCUUGAAAAUGUUCUGCUGGAUGUCAAGGAGCUGCAGAGGGGAAUGGAUUUAACCAAGAGGGAGUAUACCAUGCACGACCACAACACACUGCUGAAAGAGUUCAUCCUUCACAACGAGGGCAAGCUGAAGAAGCUGCAGGACGAUGCUAAGAUUGCUCAGGAUGCCUUUGAUGAUGUGGUGAAGUAUUUUGGUGAAAAUCCCAAGACAACUCCACCCUCAGUGUUCUUCCCUGUCUUUGUUCGAUUUGUGAAAGCCUACAAGCAAGCAGAAGAGGAAAAUGAGCUGAGGAAAAAGCAGGAACAAGCUCUUAUGGAAAAACUGUUAGAGCAAGAAGCCCUGAUGGAGCAGCAGGAUCCAAAGUCUCCUUCCCAUAAAUCAAAGAGGCAGCAGCAAGAGUUAAUUGCAGAAUUAAGAAGGCGACAAGUUAAAGAUAACCGUCAUGUGUACGAGGGAAAAGACGGCGCCAUUGAAGACAUUAUCACAGCCUUAAAGAAGAAUAAUAUCACUAAAUUUCCAAAUGUUCACUCGAGGGUAAGGAUUUCUUCUAGCACACCGGUGGUGGAGGAUACACAGAGCUGAUCUUAGAAACCAACCCUACAGAAGAGCCGAUGCGGUGAGACGAAGUGUGAGGCGACGCUUUGAUGAUCAGAAUUUGCGUUCUGUUAAUGGUGGGGAAAUAACAAUGUGACCUGAGACCGCCUUCACGAGAAGGGUGUACAUGAAACUGCCAUUCCAGCCUUCAAUACAGAUGAAAUACUCUCAAGGGCUCAGAUUUAGUAAACAUAUAGGAAUUUAAAAAAUAAUGGGUUCUCCUUUUAACCCCUGUUAACAAGUGCCUAAAAUUGGAAGUAACUUGCUCAGAUUAAUCAAAGCAAUAGGAUUUGACUUAAAUCUUUUUACAUCAGUAUGUUACUCAGUUUUUUAACCAAAAUGUAAAUUUCAUAUUAAAUUCAUUAUUUGCCAUUGUGAUUGUCCUUUAUGGCCCACCCUGGUUUCCUGGUAAUCUGUAAAUAACAGGGAUGUGAAUGCUAUGGGCUUCCUUUGCUGAGAGGUCUUCUAAGAAAUUGUUUUCGAGCCAUAUUCACCAACUUGUAACAAGGGACUUGAAACAAGAGAGAGGGAAGCUGGUACACAAUAACAUCUUUCUACCAUUAAGUCCCAGCAACGUACAAACAGGAUGAAUUGCAGUGCCACUCCAAGUCAUUUAAUUCUCUUAUUUCACGCUGUUUCCGUGCAAGGGUAAUGCAUAAAAGCAUUCACUUGUAUGACUGCAAGAUGGCAUAAGACACUGAGUGAGACUUAUUUGCAGAACUGUGUUACUUGAGCUAGAGGCAGCUUUUAAUAACACCAAGUAUGUUUAUUAAGUACCACUAAAAUUGUCUCAGUAUUCUGAUUUUUGAGGACCAUUAUGGGUGAAUCCUUAAAAUAGAAAUUGGUGCCUUGUUAGUCAGGGAGAUUUUACCACAAGCUCUAUCAGUAAGCAUUCAAAAUUACAUGUGUUCUGUUAGUGUCAUGUUGGGAACCUGGCCUUAUUCUCUUCUGACAAUCGAAGGGUCCUUUUCUGUUUUCUUUGUAAAUUAUACUGAUACAAUUGACAUUAAGUUAUUAGGGCUGAAUUGCUUUGUGUACUUCUCACUUAUGGGAAAUUCCAAUUAAAUUAACAUUAAGUUUAAAUUGUAUGUGAUAGGGUUAAAUGGUUCACUAAGUCACUUACUUCCUCACUGGCAAGGCAUUUCGAUCCAUUCCAAAGUCAAAGACUGGACUGAAGCUAAAUUUGUACUUUUCACAAUACAUAUUCUGCUUCUGGCUUACCUUGUUGAUACAUCAGUAUAUUAAUUGUAAAAAUUAUUGUAUAGUAUUUAACCACCAAAUUUGUGUUCAUGUGAACCCCUUGGUGAAGGUCCCCUUUUUCAUGGAUGUGUAGUUAUAUGAUCUUUAAAAUGUACAGAUAUUUUGCUAUAAGAUUGGUGCAGUUUUUUAUGGUUUUUACACUUCUCUUUAAUCCCUACCUAAGCCUCUAGGUAAUACUGUAAAUAUUGUUUUAAAAUGCAUCAGCCUAUGCUACACAAUCUGAAUGUUACUUUAACUUAUAGUUUGUUUUUUAAAUAUAUAUAUUUAACUCCAAGGACAGUUUAAAAGUCAGUUACCACAUUUCACAGUAGUCUGCCUAUUUACAGAUCUCUUUUAAACUGCCACUUGCUGUCACAUUCAUAAAUGUGUAGUUUAAAAAGAACAUGCCAAGAUUGUUGUCUUGUUGAGUCAAUAUUCAUCUUGGUGAGUACAUUAAUUUGAUCAUGAUGUCAGAUAAAUAUUUGGACCUUUUUCACAAAAAUGAGCUGUUUUCCAAAGGUGUGCAUUUGCGUAAAGCAAACUGCCUAUUUCCCAGUGUACAAAUGGACAAUAAUGUUGGCAUAUUCUUGUUUGUCUAUUAAUGGCCCUGCUUCUUAGCAAUAUUAGAAAUGUUUUAUAAAAGCAAUUCAUGUUACUUUUCUGGUCUUUUCAUGCCAUUUGAGCAAAUAAACUAUUUACACUACUA